AUGCGUCGUCGGAAUGUAAAAAAUCGAAAGCUCACUUUAAACUACGGAUGUGUGGACCUGCAUACGAGACAAGUUUAUGCAAGACCCAGACGUAUAAAGGCUACACUUUAUACUUUUCGUUCACGGCUUUCUUCCUUUUUUUUUUUCCUGUUUUUCUUUUUCGCCUUUUUUUCUUUCAUUAUCUUUCUCUUUGUUAUUUAUCUUCAUUCGUUGUUUCUUUCUUUCCCUUUCUCUGGGCUAUUUCUCUUUUUUCAUUCUUUCCAUGAUUUAUUUUUAUUUUUAUUUUUUUUAAUUUAUUUAUCUACCAUUGCGCUAUUUACCUUUAUUCAUUCUUCUCUUCUUUCCUUUUUUUUUUCUAUAAUUUUUCUUUUCUUUUUUUUUCUUUUUUCAUUCCCUUUAUUUCUCAUAAUUUUCUCUUUGACAUUUCACAUUUAUUUUCCUUCUUUCUUUCUCCUUGAUUUUUUUUCUCUUCACUUCUCCUUUAUCCUCUCUUUCUUUUAUUUCUUUCUCUUUCUAUCUAUUUCACACUUCUGUUAUUCUUUUGUUUCCUUCUUUCAUUUUAUUUUCUCUGCCUUCAAUUAUUCUCGCUUUUAUUUCAUUUUUCUGAAUUUUCUUUUCUCUAUUUCUUUCUUUCUUUAUAUCGUUGUUCUUCAUUUCUCACUUAUUUCUCUUCACUCUUUCUCUUUUGUCUUCUCCCUUCUUUAUCUUCUUUUUUCUUUUCUUUUUCUGUCGUUUCUGUUUUUUCAAUAUCUUUUUUUUCUCUUUUAUUUUUCUUUUAGCCUUCUUUACUUUUACAUCGCCCAUUAUUCAUUUCUUUCUUUCCGUCGUUUCUUUUUUCAUCUUAUUUCACCGUUUUCUUUUCCUCUAUCAGUCAUUAUUAUUUCCUCUUCAUUUUUUUUUCGUUUUUUUUUUUUUUACAGCUUUCUUUUUCCUUUUAUUUUUAUGGACCUCAAUUUUAUUUCACCAUUUCUUUUUCUUUUUCAUAAUCGAUAUUUGUUUGUUUUUUCUCCUUCCUUUUCAUCUUUACUUUCUUUCUUUAAUUCUUUCAUUUCUCUCUCUCUCUCUCUCUCUUUCAUUAUCCCUAUCUUAUUUCAUCUUUUUCUUUCCUUUCUUUCCUUUCUUUCCUUUCUAUAUUUCGUCUGUCGUGCCUUCCUUCCUCGUCUGCAGGUGAAUGUAGCAAGAGAGGAAGACAAAUGGAGUCUGGAAUCGCUUUUCAGUCUGCGACUCAGUCUAUCCACCUGCCUACAUCGUUGCCUUAAAUUGGAAGAGAAAGCAUUGCUUUAA